UCGUAGCAUCCUGCCCUUCUUUAGCGCACUCAUCUCAAUUAAAAGGAUUAGUUUGCACCUGGAGUCACAGCUGCUUUGGAGGCUGAGGCCUGAGGAUGGUUUAAGUACAGAAGCCACAGGAACACCUCUCUCAGCUCACUCCCAGAAUGGCCCUUCCCCCGAGUCCCCUGGCUAUGGAAUAUGUUAAUGACUUUGACUUGAUGAAGUUUGAAAUAAAGCGGGAACCCCCAGAGGGCCGACCUGGGCUCCCCACAGCCUCACUGGGCUCCACACCUUACAGCUCGGUGCCUCCUUCACCCACCUUCAGUGAGCCGGGCAUCGUGGGCAGCAGUGAGGGCCCCAGGCCAGGCCUAGAGGAGCUGUAUUGGUUGGCCACUCUGCAGCAGCAGCUGGGGGCUGAUGAGAUGCUGGGGUUGAGUCCUGAUGAGGCUGUGGAGCUGCUUCAGAACCAGGGCCCAGUCCCUGUAGAAGGGCCCCAUGGCUACUAUUCAGGGAGCCCAGGAGAAACAGGAGCCCAGCAUGCCCAGCUGCCCGAGAGAUUUUCGGACGCGGCGCUGGUCUCGAUGUCUGUGCGCGAGCUGAACCGGCAGCUGCGGGGCUGCGGGCGCGACGAGGCUCUGAGGCUGAAGCAGAGGCGCCGCACGCUCAAGAACCGCGGCUACGCUCAGGCCUGUCGCUCCAAGCGGCUGCAGCAGCGGCGCGGGCUGGAGGCCGAGCGUGCCCGCUUGGCCGCCCAGCUGGACGCACUGCGGGCCGAGGUGACCCGACUCGCUCGCGAGCGCGACCUCUACAAGGCCCGCUGUGACCGACUGACCUCCAGCGGCCCUGGGUCCGACGACCACGCUCACCUCUUCCUCUGAGCCUCUAGGGCAGGGGGUGUGGCGGUUUGGAGGUGUCUGGGUAGGUGGCACUAUACAGAGUAUACCACUCACUAAAUCGCUACCUGAGGUCCUGUGUGUCGGUACAAAUGUUCCCAAACUACUGAUCCUCGUGGCAUGCCUGAGCUUAGAUGCUUGCCCUUUCCUGGAGAUGAGACCCCUUCCCUUUUGCAGGCCACGACUUUUCAUGAUUAGGGCACUGAAUUCUGCAGGGGC